ACGCUCACGCCCUCUCACAUUAGAUCUAAAUUCCGUCUUUAAAUCUCUUAAAUGAUCCGCUUGAAUUUAAUCCCCACACCCCAGAAAAACUCCACACUUCCCCCACGCCCGAAAAACCUUCCUUUUCCCAUUAAUGUCACAGUAAACAGACACAUUCCCAGAUCGAGGGCCGAAGAUGAAAGCUUUAUUCUUCCACCUCCGCUCUCUUGUUUCAGAUGGCAAACGGAUUCUCCUUUCCAAUUUCCUCUUUAUUAAUCCCCUUCAGUUAAUCCCCUCCUCCUGGUAACUCUAUUUCAUUCAUUCCACAGAAAGAGCUGCGUUUCAGAGGUUGAAAGGAACGAAGAAGAAGAAGAAGCCGAAAGAUGAAAAUUUUAAGCUUCAUCCUGCUCCGCCCACCAGCUUUAGACCGCAGAUGGAUUCUGCCUAUCGCCAUCGGUUCCUCCUUCUCCCUCCUCCUCCUCUUCUUCAGCACCCUUUCUUCCCCUGGAACCCCCUCCGCUCUCCUCCCCUUCUCCUUCCUCUUCUCCCUCCUCUCCUCCUCCCGUGUUUCUUCUGCCUUCUAUUCCCCCACCUUCGUCGAAUCAAAGCUUCAAUCUUUCUCCUCCCCUUCCUCUUCUUCUUCGUCUCUCCCGCUUCCUCCGCGCCUCGCCUACCUCAUCUCCGGCUCCGCCGGAGAUGGCUCCAUGCUCAAGCGUACGCUUCAAGCUCUUUACCAUCCUUCAAACCGCUACAUCGUUCACCUGGAAGCCGCCGCAUUGCCGGAGGAGAGGCUUGAUCUCCGAGACUUCGUCGCCAACCAUCCGGUCUUCAAGGAGGUGGGAAAUGUUAAAAUGAUCACAAAGGCCAAUCUUGUGACCUACCGUGGGCCUACGAUGGUCGCCAACACUCUCCACGCAGCUGCCGUGCUGCUUAGGGAAGGUGGGGAGUGGGAUUGGUUUAUUAAUCUGAGUGCGGCGGAUUAUCCUCUGGUAACACAGGAUGAUCUGUUGCAUACUUUCUCCUAUAUGCCGCGGGAUCUGAACUUUAUUGAUCAUACGAGUAAUAUCGGAUGGAAGGAGUUUCAAAGGGCGAGACCAAUAAUUAUUGAUCCAGGACUAUACAUGUCAGAGAAGCAGGAUGUUUUCUGGAUACCACAGAGAAGAAGUGUGCCAACUGCCUUCAAGCUUUUUACAGGAUCUGCAUGGAUGGUGCUCUCUCGCUCCUUCAUCGACUACUGCAUAUGGGGGUGGGACAAUCUCCCUCGAACCGUCCUCAUGUACUACGCCAACUUCCUCUCCUCGCCUGAAGGCUACUUCCACACUGUGCUCUGCAACGCUAAAGAGUUCGCCAAUACCACCGUCAACCAUGACCUUCAUUUCAUCUCAUGGGACAACCCCCCCAGGCAGCACCCGCAUUACCUCAACUCGAGAGACAUGGAGGCCAUGAUCGCCAGCAACGCGCCAUUUGCGAGGAAGUUUCGAAGAAACGAUCCGGUGCUCGACAGGAUCGAUGCAGAGCUGUUGUUCAGGCGGCCCGGAAGGGUCGUUCCGGGGGGUUGGUGUGCGGGGAGGAGAGAUAAUGGCAGCGAUCCAUGUCUGGUUGUCGGAAAUGGUUCGGUUCUUCGUCCCGGCGCGGGAGCGCUAAGGUUGCAGAAGCUUAUGGAGAGGAAUCUAUCGAAGGAGAACUUCAGGCCAAGGCAGUGCAAGUGAUUCAGGAGGAGGUUCUGUAACCCUAGUUUUAGUGUUUGUUGUUCUGCAUCGUUUUUGAGCGUUGGAUGAUCGCCAUGAAAUGGGGAGCAAUGCAUCUGUUUUUUUCUUUUUUAGGGUUUAUCAUUCCCGGUGCAGACAGUUUGUUCGGUUAAUGUAUGUGUAGUUAUAUUUGAAAUAUUACAGUAUUACUUGAUUAGUUUAAGGGACAGUAUUUGAAAUAUAUAUAUAAGAGAAAUUUA